CGGCCAUCUAUCGCCUUGGAUACAAGCCCUUGUCCAAAGCGUUGACUUUUAGGAAUACUUUACCUGGUACAAUAUGGACUUGCAGGAUGCUGCGGUACUAAUUGCUGUAGCUAUAAUUAUACUGUGUCAUCUACUGCUCAAGGUGAAGCGCCGAGGCCACGUGCGCCGAGCAUCCCUAGAUGUCCCCCCGGCCACUGGCAGCAGCGCCAGCUCUGCCUCCACUACUGGCAGCAUCAGCAUUUCGCGCUUGCCUCAAGCACCAGGUUGUGGCGCCUCCCUGCCACGGCCACUAGCGUCCAGCCCAAGAGUCAACAGCAGCAGUAUUAGACCUCCACGCAGCCCAGUAGCGGCCGCGAAAUUGGCGCUGCCGUCACCCCGACGACUGCAAUCUCCGCGACAGCAACCACAACCAGCGUGCUGCAAGGUGGCACCAGUGUCACAGCUGAACGUGCUGCGGUCACCGCAACAACGAUUGCUGCCGGCAUCCUGCAAGGCCUCGCCGCUGCCAUUGCCCCCGCCACCACCGCGAACGCCGCUGCAGCACCGGCCAUUCCACCGGAGUGAGCAAAUACCAAAGAAUAUGCCGCUGGAAGUGCAAAAGUCGGCCGGUUGCAAGGAGCAAGCGCAGCGAAAGGAGCAGCAUCGCGAGCUACUGGAGAGUUCACAGCGUGGAGAGGGCGAGCAGCUGGGCGAGCGUGGGUCAGCAGCCUCUGGGCUUUCCUGCUACCUCAGUGCACUUGCCGAUGCCGGGGCGCCUGCUGGUGAACAGCAAAUGAAGUUCACGACCCCGCGUGCUGUCGACAGCGCCGACCCCCCCAAUACCUGUGAAUCUUGUGUGUCUCCGUUUACAAUCUUGGGCGCUUCACCCUCUCUACGCCGCGCCAACCCCACGUCAGUGUUGCUUCGAGCGGCGGAGAUCGAGGCAAGAUCGAAAUCCAGCGGCGGCGCCAAUGUCGGAGACGAGUCCAUCGGCCACAGAGUUCGGGUCAGCAUUGGCGGCGGACGCAGCAGCUGCGGUGGGAGCAGUGGAAGCAACAGCAACAACUUAGACUUCGACAGCAUUGCUUUCGGAGGGUUGAGUGGCAGCGGAGUAUGCAGUGCGGGAGGCGGCAGCAGCAGCAGCGGCCGCGGCAGCAGCGGCGGCGGUAGCGUAACAAUGGUCAGCACGUCCACACGGCUGUUUUCGUCCACGGGAGGCGGCAGCAGCAGCAGCUGCUGCAGCCGGUCGAAUGACAGGGCGGGUAUGAGCGGGAAGAUCGGCACCAGUGGGAUGAGCUUCCUCGCUUUUGCGCGGGCGACCCAAAUGGAUGCCCUUGCGGGGUCGCCGCCGGUGUCACCCGCCAAGGCGGACGCUCAAGCAGAGGCAUCGUUGCUGCAAACCCUGGAGAUUCACGCAGCCCUCAUUAGCAGCCCUGAGGCACUCUUGGCGCUGCCGUACCUUCUACAACCCAAUGCGUACGACAUCGACUCGUACAACGGGGCCGACAACCGCGGCGGGAGUGCUGCUGCUGCUGCUGCUACCGACUCCGGGUGGUUUCCCGGAGCUGCCUGGCACCAUAUGGGCCCUAUCCGUGGCCCCGUGUACAGCACCCAGGCAGCGCUAGAUGCAGCCGAGCAGCUGGCGGCUGAGCGGCUUGCCGCGGAGGAGGCGGCGGCGGCAACGGUGUCGGUGGCGGGGCCGCCGCCGCGCCGCCAGCCGCCGCCGCCACUGCCGCGAAGUGUUGACCUGGGCUGGGAGCCCCUGUCUGACGCGCAGGAGGCCCUUCUGGCCACUUGCUGGCGGCACCGGGCUCCCUGGCGUGCUGUACGGUAUUGCCUGGACCGUGUACGGCCCGUACGGUACGGUCAGGUGGUGCCACUGGAUUCGUACGAGCUCACGGCGGUGGCGUACUCUUCCGGCAGCGGCUUUGGCAGGGCAGUGUGGCAGAUUGCGGAUGGCAGUGAGCGCUGUCGUACGGUGCUCUACCUUCCAGAUGCCGCUGCCGCGCACCCCUUUGCGCCGCCGAUGCCGCUGAACCUGGUGUCCGCACCUGACGCCCUCAUUCUCGGUCCUGACUGCCUGGCGCCCUUUCCCCCUUCCCGGCCGCCCCAAUACCACCACCACCACCACCACCAGAGAGUGAAGGAGGAGGUGCUCCGGGCGGUUGUUGGGGGGGGCAGCUGUCUCAUACCCGUGUACCCUACCGGUGAGGCAUGGGAGCUGUUGGAGGGUUUGGCAGGGGCGCUGACGUCAGCAGACCUGCCCCACGUACCGCUGAUGUACAUAGGGCCCCGUUCCGGAACCAGCCUGGCGCUGGCUUCCGUCUCCCUGGAGUCGCUGGCCCCAGAGCGCCAAGCAGCGGUGUACGUGCCGCAACACCCCUUUGCGUUCGACGCACUGAUGCAGGCUGGUCGACUGGUGGUGGGCAGCUCGCUGCAGGACCCGGAGGUGCAGCGCUGCCUGGCAGCCGGAUGCCCUCGGGUGGUGGCGCUGGCGGCGGCGGAUUCCCUCUCAUAUCGGGGGGGGCCUGCAUUGGAGCUGCUGUUGCGCUUCGGCCCCGACCCGAGGAACCUGCUGCUGCUCCCACAUGCGGCCCCGCCGGCGGCACUGCGGGGCAUACAGCGGUUGUACGACAAGGCUGCAGCGGCCGCCGCUACUGCGGCGCCGCCAGCGCAGCCCGCUACCUUAGGGCGCUCCGCUCUGCCGCCGCCACCGCCGCUACGAAUGCGGAUUAUACGUGCACCUCUACGUGGCGGCGGCGGCAGCGCUGCCGUACCCUCCGUUGAGUCUGCGUCCGCCGCCGGUCCGUCACCAGCUUCCAUCGUGGAGUUGCUAUCCCGGCUACAGCCGCGGCACCUGCUAGCCACCAAACGGGACCUAGCACUACUGCGGCAGCACCAGCAGCUGCAGCAGCUACAGCAGCUACAGCCGCAACAGCACAUGGCGGGUGGCCUCAUGCCCGCCGGCACCCCGUCACAUCAGGGCACCACCACCCGUGAGCUACCGCUGCUGCCGCCGCUGGCACGUGAGACUGUCGUACCGUACGACUGGUUGCAUCAGGCCCGGGUAACGCUGCCGCGCAACGUACACAGCGCGAUGGUGUCCUCAGAGUUGCUGCAGCGGCUGCAAUGGCUCCAGGGGGGACCCGGACUGCAGCUCGCCCGUCUGAACUGCCUGAUGGUGUUUCGAGACGGCGCCUGGCACGCCGACCCAGUGCCCGGCGGCGCCGCCAGCGCCGACUCCGUGGCGGCGGCGGCAGCGCUGACGGCCGGCGGCACCGUGGCGGCUGACCAACUGCUGCUGCUGGCGGCGGCAGAGACGUCGACGGCGACGCCGGGGCAGCCGGCGCUGGGGCCGCUGCUGGAAGCUCUUGCUGGUCACGGCAUCACGCGAGUCAGAAUGGAAUCUGCCGGAUCUACAGAUGUGCAGCGUGUGUGUGUCCGGGUGGUUCUGGACGACGGACUCACAGAGCUGCGGGCCGCACUCCGCACUCCAGCCAUCUCAGUGCUCUAUCGCGAAUACAGCAUUCCCGGCGCGACCCAGCUUGUGCAUGUCGGCGCCCUGGAGCGUUCACCAGGUGUUCGGACGACUUAGGUCAGCAGCUCCCGAACAAUAAAAAUUCAUCACUCACUCACCCAGUUAAUCAGCGUAAUAACAGUCGCUUGCAAGUCAGGAGUCACAAAGUCAGGAGUCUCUCUCUGCCAUAACAGGUCCCACACCGCUAAACACGGUUUAUCACUCCCUCCAGCCCCUCCAGGUUGGCUGUCCUCUCGCUGCUGCGGGCGGAUGCUUUCAUGAUAGUCAACGCACCAUCAGUCCACGAUGUCCCGAUUCCCUCCAACAUGGCAAUUGGAAUGAACCACCUCGGAUACACGGAACCAAAAUCAACUCCCGAUUACAACGUUAGCGCCCCUCGUUGCCAUCCAUGCCACCUCU